AUGCCCCUGCGCAAGGAUGACACGCACAAAUCGAGAAAUGGUCCAAAUUUUUUUCUACCCGAAAUCGUCUUCGCCAAAACCCUAAUUUCUUUUGUGGAUAUCUGCACUGUAAUUUCACCGGCGGUCGACAACCGGAGAGGCCAUUGGUGGAUUUCGGGAAGCCAUAUACCUGCAAUUGAUCUUCGAAGCUUUAUUGAUUGUGUAUGCGCUGAUGUGAUUCCGUCCUAUCUCCAGUUCCUUGGUUCAUCUUCAUGUGCACCAGAUGGAGCGUAUUAUGUUGUAGAUGAAUUGAGGUAAUCAAACAGAUCCAGGAACAUAUAUAUCUUCAAGUCACAGCUAUGAUUUGAGAGUUGAGUCAACUGUUCACAAGAGAAAUUGAUUGGUCAUGAACUGUUCUGGAAUCAACUUGAUCUUGAAAUUGAUUAGUUCUAUAGUAUGAAUUGCAAUUUUCCUAUACAACAAGUAGAUUGAAAGUUAGUGAAAGUAAGGAGGGAGGAUGAGUUAACUUUGUGAUUCAAAUCUUGAAUUGAUACUGACCCUGUGAUUGUUUAGUGCUAAUUGUCAUUAUAUCCAAGGCUAGGCUAGGAAAGGUUUUUGUAUAGACUUGCAGAUUGUCUGGAAGCCUGUAGCUGUAGGUAUAAAAUCCAACAAGUGGUGUGGUGAUUGGUGAAUGUGGAUGAUAAUGGCUUUUGCAGACUGUAGUACCAAAGACAAAAUCUCUUGUCGAUUGGUUGUAUCUGAAGUAAGCCUUGCACUCAUUCAAAAUGAGUGAGGAUAAGCAUCUUAAUAAUUAAUUGAUGUCAUGCCUUCAAUAAGCUUAUCCUUGAUCUUGAAAAUAUUGAUGUGAAAUUAGAGGAUGGGGUCAGGCUUCUAUACCAAAGAGUUAUGUACAUAUCAAAGAAACAUUGUUUUUGGUAGAGAAUCAUUCUCAUAUGAUGAAGUUCAAUCGGCUUUGAACCAACUCUAAGGAGUUGAAUGGAAAGACAAGAUAAAAAACAGAGUUCAUCCGGUGAUUUUUGGGCUUUUUGGGUAAAGAAACUUUUAAAAACUAGCAUUAGAUGUAACCAUUGUACUUUUAAUGAGAUGACACGCUAGGAGGAUUUGUCCUUAGAGAUGAAAGGUUUUUGUAUAGACUUGCAGAUUGUCCAGUAAAUCGUUGUGUUUUUUGUAUGGAAUAUGAACUAUGUAAAUCGUUGUGUUUUUUUUGUUUUUUUGUAUAGACUUGCAGAUUGUCCAGUAAAUCGUUGUGUUUUUUGUAUGGAAUAUGAACUAUGUAAAUCGUUGUGUUUUUUUUGUUUUUUUGUAUAGACUUGCAGAUUGUCCAG